AUGGGAUUCGAUGAUCCAAACGAGCCGAAAUCCUCCACCUCGCCAGUGGCUUUCAGUUCAGUUUUCGACCCUUCAAAUCCUAUGGGGUUCUUUGAAUCUGCCUUCAACUUUGCGUCUCAGACCACUGAUAUCUUCAAUGACAGCCAGGGUGAUGAGAUGGAGACGAAAAUUUUGUCAUUACUUGAAGAAAUCAAGAAGAGAAAACGGGAAAAGAAAGGGGAAUUAGAAGAAGAUGAUGAGAAGAAGAGAUUGAGGUUGGAAGCAGAUGGAAACGAUGAUACCCCUAGUGAUGAUGAUCUGUUGACACCAAAUAAAAGCAAUGGUCUUGACAUGGAGAAUUAUUCAUGGACGCAAACACUAGGGGCCAUCGAAGUUCAGGUCCCAGUUCCUUUUGGAACCAAAAUGAAACUCGUGGUUUGCGAUAUAAAGAGCAAGGCUCUUAGAGUGGGGGUUAAGGGGCAGCCUAUGUUGAUUGACGGCGAGCUGUUUCAGGCAGUGAAAGUUUGUGAGAGUUUUUGGAGCCUGGAAGAUCAUGAUACGGUCACAAUUCUUUUAUCAAAGCGUAAUCAAUGGGAAUGGUGGAAGUCAGUGGUGAAAGGUGACCCAGAGAUUGAUACUCGCAAGUGCCAACCAGGAGUGAGACGGUUGGAUGGUUUGGGUUAUGAAGCUGAACGCCACAUGAGAAAACUGUUGUUUGAUUAUGGACAAAAGUGCAAGGGACUCCCAACAAGCGAAGACAGCUCGGAGGUGCUGAAAAAAUUCAUCACUCACCAUCCAUAUUUGAAUCUUCCUCAAACAAACAGCUGA